GAAAAGUUAUGGUUAAAACCGUCUCUUGCCACCAAGUGGUCAGAAUGGUGCUAGUGCCUGUUUCGACUCGUACAAAUCUGCAAAUGUUUUCAGUGUGGUUUCAAUUUCAAUAGUUUCAAUUGGUCCCUGUAGCUGUCUUCGGAUGAUCUAUAAUCGUUUGAGUGAAAAUGACAGAUAGUGUUGAACAAAAUGGAUCUAUAAUGGAGGAAGAUAUAGAAGAAGCAAUCCAUUUUACCAGAGUUUUGAACUCUUUCCGAAGUUACAAGAAGGAUGCUUUGGCUCAUGUACUCACCAUGGAAAAGAAUUUUCUUCAGUUGCCAGAAGCUCAUAGGAAGCUAUUGCCAAAUCACUUGAAUAUUUUAUCAGGAAUCAAAACUUGUGUCGAACAAAACAGUGCGAUUUGUAUGGAAAUUGUAAAAAGUUGUGGAAAUGCGUUUCAGAACAAGUCUUACGAGGAGACUGAAAAUGAUAAAACAACAACAAACCCUCGUCCAAUGGAUUUAGACAAAGUUCGCACAACUUUGAAACAGAUCAUGCGUGACUGGUCAGAACAAGGGCAAGUGGAGCGUGACCAAUGUUAUAAACCAAUCAUAGAUGAAAUUAAUCAAAGGCUUCCUUUAAAUAAAGACUCUGGCUUGAAUCCCACAGUACUUGUCCCUGGUUGUGGUCUCGGUCGUUUGGCAUGGGAACUUGCUCGCAUGGGUUAUAUUUGCGAGGGAAAUGAAUUUAGCUUUUUUAUGUUAUUUACAUCAAAUUUUAUUUUAAACCGAACCCCUCAUUCGAGUGCCGAUAAUUUUCACCAGUUUACAAUUCACCCAUGGGUGACUCAAAAAUGUAAUGUAUCCACUUGGGAUUCUGUGUUAGCUUCUGUGAGGUUUCCAGAUGUUAACCCAGCGUUACUUCCACCAUCUUCACGAUUCUCUAUGGCGGCUGGCGACUUUUUAGAUUGUUACAAAAAACAAAAUACUUGGAACUGUGUUGCCACUUGUUAUUUCAUCGACACCGCACAUAAUGUUAUUUCAUAUAUUGAGCGCAUUUUUCAUAUUUUAGUUCCCGGUGGUGUAUGGGUUAAUUUGGGUCCUUUAUUAUAUCACUAUGCAGAUAUGCCACAUGAAUCCUCCGUAGAAUUUUCAUAUGAGCAAAUUAUUCGAAUAGUAAAAAAUGUUGGGUUUGAGGUUGUUAAAGACCAAAGAAAUUUAGACAGUACCUAUGUCAAUAACCCAACUAGUAUGCUUCAAUAUAGUUAUAAAUGUUGUCUCCUGGUUGCUAUAAAACCAUUGUCAAAUAGUUAACUAUUAGUUGAGCCAGUGUCGGGGGACAUUUGGGAUACAAUUUACUUCGUAUUAUGAUGCUGUAUUAAAAAAAACUCAAAUUCACUAGCUUGCUUCAAUCAUUAUUCAAAAUAGGCUUUCCCUAUACUGUUGGUGUAACAGUCGUUCCCAAACCGCAGGCCAGUUUUGGCUGCGUACGACUUAAUAUAGCCCAGCAACUUGAGUGAGAUAGUUUAAAACUUUGUUUUUGCUAUUUAGCGUUCUAGAUACUGCCAAUUUUUAUGUCAUUAUCGCAGUUUAAGCUCGUGUAUAUACGUAACAAUUCGGCCCGCGAAUAUCUUUCCGCUUUUAAUUUUGGCCCCGAUCAAUCAACUUUGAGAACCACUGGUGUAACACAAUAUUGGAAUCUGUGUCAUCUUACUAAUUUUUAUUCAUUUCACGGAUGUUUAUUAAAUCCGCUAUCGCUCGGACUCGAAGGAGCAGCGACUAAAACUUGAUUUGAAAAUCAAUAAAAGUUCCUGAUGCCUGCUCAAAAUAUUUGUUUAAUUCCUCAAAAAUGAGUUUGAAAUUAAAUUUAUUAAUGUAGAAUAUUUGAUAUACCGUAACAUAAAUUGGAUUAUUAUUCACUUCUUUACAAUUUACGAGAAGAAAAAUUAGGUUUAUUUUCUGCCUGGCCAUCCAAUGUCAAAUUCUCAAGGUGAUAAAUUUUAAAUUAAACUAAUCUGAAUUAAUAAUAAAAUCAAGAUUUUACUGUAUCGAACAUACCCAAUUUAAGAUGUAUUUGGUUCACUUUGAUAUCCUUGCCUUUUAUACCUUAUGUUAAAUUUUUUUCUUGUUUUUAUA